AUGUUCGCUGCCUUCCGCUUCGGGUCGGAUCUCUGGGAUCCUUCCUAUCGGUUCGAGACCUCGUGGCUCCUGCCUCCCUACCUGUUGGCCGCUUGUCGCGCCCUGAUCAGUCUCUACAUCUUCGUCGUCCGUUUCUUCUCAAUCGGCUGGGCAUGCUCUCACGAAGAGGACGGCGGCUGCGCUGACGCCCGCGCCAGCUUCUCCUUCUUCACCGUCCUCACCUACUGGGGUCUAGGCUUCUACUUCCUCGUCUCCGCCGUCCACACCUUCACCUACGCGCACUCCGGCUCCCCGCUCCUCGACCGCUUCCCGCGCCCCCUCCAGGCCCUCCACGCCUUCUUCUACACCACGAUCACCACCUUCCCCUUCAUCGUCACCAUCGUCUACUGGGCCAUCAUCUUCCCGGGCACCUGGUACACGGAGCAGUACGACGCCUGGAGCAACAUCUCCCAGCACGCCAUGAACACGGCCUUCGCCCUCUUCGAGAUCGUCAUCCCCCGCACCAGCGCCGCCCAGCUCGAGUGGGUACACAUGCUGUGGCUCAUCAUCGUCCUCGCGCUUUACCUCGCCCUCGCGUACGUGACGCACGCCACCCAGGGCUUCUACCCGUACACCUUCCUCGACAUCCAGAAGACGGGCAGCGGCAAGGUCGCCGCCUACAUCGUCGGCAUCGCCGUCGCCGGCAUCGUCUUCUUCCUCAUCGUCAAGGGUCUCGUCUGGCUGAGGGAGUGGGUGACGGAGCGGAAGCUGGGCAUGGACGGCAAGUUCGCCAAGCAGCGUUUCCGCAACUACGACACGGAGCUCGGUACUAUCAACAGCAAGCAUUGA